AACUUGGCUUAUAAUGUUAAUUAAAUGCAUACAAGUUUUAACGAGCUAUGAAUGAAAUUGCCGAGUUGCCACGCGAAGCGCUAACGAAUGGCAGCUGAUGGCUGGUUGGCUGACUGGCUAGCUGUUGACUUUGCCUGUGCAUGAAUGAACCAGGAAUGCAAUGAAUAUCGACUAGUUUCACUGGCUGGUUGUUGGUUGGGUGUUAACACUUUCAUAUUUACGUAUAAAUAAUACCACUUUGAAAGUCGUGAAUACUUUAUCGUUAUUGCAUAUUAAGUGAUAACAGACAAGUUGAUAAUUUUAAUACCAAUAAGUUUCCACUGAACUAUGCAAGGCCGACUACGUGAGAGUUGCUGAUGCCAAUUCUAAAACGUACCCGAUCACAAAGGCAUGAAGACCUAAUUUUAAAGCCGAUAAUUAAAUUAGAGAAGAGAGUAAAAUCGCAGAGAACAUUGAACGGCUAAAAGGCAAACGGUGGUAGGGGAACACGUGCGUCGAAACAAAUACGGCUACUGCUACUGCUACUACUGUCGCUGCGGCUGUUGCUUGCGCGAGAAGGGUGACCCCUUUGCUUAUUGGAAUUGAGUGUAAACUUGGUGGAAAUGAUUUUGGAUUGAUUUGAAAAGAACACAAACAACAAAAUAAAAAAACGAGGAGGCGAAAAGAAACUGUGAAGAAGAAUUAGCGCUACUUGAAGAGCAAUUAAGCUGCUGCUGCUGCAUGAAAAAAGCGGAAUAAAAUGAAAACAAAUACAACUACUUUUGUGUGUUAAAAGCAAAAUGUAGUGCCUUUGGAGUGUAAAACUGCUGUGGAUAAUUUUUUUUUUCUGUAACGUUAAUGUAGCAACUUACCCCUACGACAUAAAUAUUUAGCUCUAAUUUAUAUACAUUAAAUAAGCAUAACAAUGUCGUUCAUAAAUAAUCUUAAGAAAGUAUUCCACCUUGGUGGUGGAGAGGCGAAAAAGAAACGCCUUUAUAAUAACAUCAAAAUGGACACAGAUCCGGCGGAGUUUUGGGAAAUGGUAGGCGAGUUGGGUGAUGGCGCAUUCGGCAAGGUAUAUAAGGCGCAACACAAAGAGCAAAAACGCUUUGCUGCGGCUAAGCUGUGCACAUUAGAGGAUGAAGAGAAUCUAAGUGAUCAUAUGGUUGAAAUAGAUAUUUUGUCCGAGAUAAAACAUCCAAAUAUUGUGGAGUUGUAUGAAGCGUUCUCAAUAGAGGAUAAGCUAUGGAUGUUAAUUGAAUAUUGCGAUGGCGGUGCACUUGACAGCAUAAUGGUGGAGUUGGAGAAACCACUCACCGAACCACAAAUAGCCUACGUUUGCCGACACAUGACUGAAGGUUUGACCUUUCUACACAAAAAUAAAGUGAUCCAUCGCGAUUUAAAAGCUGGCAAUGUAUUACUCACCAUGGAAGGCGGUGUAAAAUUAGCUGAUUUUGGCGUGUCGGCUAAAAAUAAACAUACUUUACAGAAGCACGACACAUUCAUAGGCACACCCUAUUGGAUGGCGCCUGAACUAGUGCUGUGCGAAACAUUUCGCGAUAAUCCUUACGACUUAAAAGUGGAUAUCUGGUCACUGGGCAUAACAUUAAUCGAGUUAGCGCAAAUGGAACCACCAAAUAGUGAAAUGUCACCGAUGCGUGUUUUAUUGAAAAUACAAAAAAGCGAUCCACCAACACUGGAUCAGCCAUCAAAGUGGAGUAAGGAAUUCGUUGACUUUCUAAAGAAAGCUUUGGUCAAAGAUCCACAACAACGUCCAGCCACAGAUAUUUUAUUACAACAUAAAUUCAUAAAUUGUGAACUAGACGCUAAACCCAUAAAAGACUUAUUAUUAGAAUAUAAAGCGGAAGUUGUUGAAGAAGUUGUCGAUGAUGAUGCUGAGGAACCCCGCAACUCGGCGCUCCGGCUCGACCUGGACGAUGACUCUGCCUCUUUGCAGAGCCAAGAUAUUGACAAACUUCCAGGUACCCCAACAUCAGUAUCUAUGGACUCUAAAGAACCAAAUCAAACAAAUAGUAUACCACAAAGUAAACUAUCACAACCACAAGGCGGAGCUGCAGAGAAUGCUUCACCUGUUUUGCAAAAAAGUCUUGAGAAUAAUAGUAUAACAACAUCUUCGAAGGUAGCCAAAGAGGAUGAACAACCAAUAAUUAGCGUUAAUAAUGCGCCAAAAGAGAAUGACACGAGUAAAACGCCUACAACUGCUGGAGUGGUCAAUAAGCAAGCAGUUGUUGCUGUCAACGAAACUGCUGAUAAUAGUCUUCCAGAGAAAGGCGUUGACGCCGAUAGGAAGAUCACCAAAAAAGAGAAGGGUAAAGCGCCACCACCACCGUCGGCUGCCAAGACAACCGAAGCACCGACACCACCCGCUGCAGCCACUGCAAAUGCACGUACCGAGGCGGAGAAGCGUAGCAACGAAGAACGUGCACCGGCACCGCUAGCGCCCAUAACGGUGCCCGUCGAGCUGACCAAAAAUGUGGAAAUCGAUGUACAAACACCGCUUGCCACACAACACUUUGGCGGCAAUGAGCCGCAAGAACAACAAGCGCAAGUGCCAACACCACCAUCACCGCCAUCGCCGACCACAUCGUCAGCAGCGGUCUCGGUGAAUUCUGCUACGUCGUCGGUGAAGAGUGGCGCUAUGCUCAGCUCGAGCACUUCGCUUAUCACCAUCAAUAGUGAGGCUUCACCAACCAGCACGCCAACUCGUGCAUUCAAUAAUAAUAAUCAGGCACAACAACAACAACAACAACAAAAUGUAGUUCAUCCCAAUAGCUUGGAAGCGGGUGUCAGUCAAAUACGAGUAGUGACCAGCACGCAUCCACCGGUCAUAAUUGACAAUACGGUGUUGCCUGUUGCUCCCUCAGCCACGCAAAGUGAAGUGAUCAUCGUUUCGAAUGAUUUGAAUAAGAGCACACAUGUGCCGGAAUCUUCGACGGAUGACGACUUCACUUCGUUCGAUGACAGUCUGGCCGAUUCACCGCUCUCACCCCGUCAGUCAUCCAUGAUAGUGGCCGUUUGUGAGAAGAGCGCCGAAGAAACGGAUAGGGCGGACAUAAAUGCCGAAAGCAAUCAAUCCCAAAUCGGUAAGGGUUCAUCGCGUGCGCGCAAAUUAGACGAAAGUGAGGUGCUAAUUGUUAGCCCAUCUUAUGUUGACGAUGACUCGGCGUACAAUACCGCUACGGGCAGUCACGAACACAGCGAACAUCUAAUGGAUACGAGUCACGUGUCUGUGGUGACUGUCGGCGAUGAGAUCAAGGUCAAGGAUAGUAGUCAUCUAAGUGCCGAUCAAUAUGAUACGACACUCGGUAGCAACAACGACAACAACAAUCUAAAUAAUCAACGAGCACCAUUCAUAAAGAAUCACAGCAACAACAACCACCAAAAUGGCCAAAUUAUCAGCGGCGGCGGCGGCACACCAACAGAAGAUGUAAAUAUUAUUAUAAAUCGAAAUACGCCACAAGACAUUGGUGUCGGCGGCAAACGCCCAUCACCGGAUAAUAGCGUCGGCUCUAUGGAUUCGCGUACAUUAAGCGAUAGCGGUUCGCUGCGCUCAAGCGGCGGCGGUGUUGUACGACGCGCUGUCGGCCUGAACAUCGCAACGGUUGAUCAGAGUGACGUUGAGAGUAUCGGCACCACAACUAGUCAUGAUAGUCGUAACGAGGCGGAUACACCCAUAAUGGGCACGAAGAUACCCGAAGAUGAGGAAGUGGUUAUACGACGAAAACAGGGUGCGCCGAAGGUCGUGGCACCCAAUGGGCCGACUAAAGAGGAAAUCGAAUUACGUAAUUUACGUAAGAAGACGCGAAAACGUACGCGAAAAUUCGAAAUCGAUGGUGUACAAGUGACAACCACCACAAGUCGUGUCAUUUACGGUGACGAGGAGGCCGGCAGACUCUACGAUGAUCAUGUGUUCCGCAAGCAAGAGUUGCGCGAAUUGAAAAUGUUGCAAAAGCAAGAGAAGAAACAACAAAACGAUUUGCAAUUGAAGGAGCAAAUAGCGCGCGAACAACAGGAUCGUCGUUUCGAACAGGAACGCAUUUCGCUGGAGAAGACCUACGAAGCAGAUAUGGAUACAUUGGCAAGACAACAGAAACAGUUGAUUGAGCGCACGGAACAGGCACAGGAGAGUGAGUUGCGCACCUCAUCGAAACGCAUACGCUCCGAUCAAGAGCAGGAAUUGAAAAUAUUCCGUGAGAAUUUGAAACAAGAAAUCCGUUUGCUGAAACAAGAAGUCGACUUGCUGCCCAAAGAUAAACGUAAGGACGAGUUCAAGCAGCGUCGUUCCGCCAUGGAGCUGGAUCAUGAGGAGAAGGAGCGUGCCUUCCUCGAUUCGCUCAAAGAACGCCAUGAAUUACUAUUGCGACGCUUAAGCGAAAAGCAUCGCGAUCAUCUUGCCACCAUCAAUCGGAAUUUCCUACAACAAAAGCAAAAUGCCAUGCGUACACGCGAAGCGUUACUUUGGGAAUUGGAAGAGAAGCAACUGCACGAACGCCAUCAGCUGUCCAAGCGACAUGUCAAGGAAUUGUGUUUCAUGCAACGUCACCAAAUGAUUGUGCGACACGAAAAGGAGCUGGAUCAGGUGAAGAAGAUGUUGCAACGCAAAGAGGAGGAUAUGAUUAAGAAGCAGGCGUUGGAGAAACGUGCGCUGCCCAAGCGUAUACGCGCCGAACGUAAGGCGCGUGAUUUGAUGUUCCGUGAGUCGUUGCGCAUAUCCACGAAUCUGGAUCCAGAGGUGGAGCGAGAACGGCUUAAGAAGUUCCAAGAGCAAGAGAAGAAACGAUACACGUUAGAGGAACGCCGUUUUGAAAUUAAACAUCAGAAGCAGUUGGAGGAAUUGCGUGCUACACGUGAGGGUGCGAUAAGAGAACUCGAACAGCUGCAGAAUGAGAAACGCAAAGCUUUGGUCGAACACGAACACACCAAACUAACGGAUAUCGAUGAGCGACUAAAGGCUGAAUUGCGUGAAUGGAAGGAGCAAUUAGUACCUAGAAAACAGAAACUCAUCGAUACGCUCAAUGAAAUGUCCGCGCGUUUUGAGCAAAAACAUGGUCCUAUACCCGAACGCGUGCCAUACACGCUGCAAGAUAUUGAGGUGCCACUACAGUUGCGUGGUUUCUUCAAUGAUGCACCACGCACGCUACCGCGUGGGCUUUUCCUCAACGACAAUCAAAUGUUGCGUUCACGCACCUAUUUUACGCUCUCAUCGGAUCCGCGUGCCAAAUUCACCGGCUCAACACCGGAUCUGAGCCGCAGCAUGCCGACCACACCGAUUUUCCGCAAAUUUGCGCAAACUAAAAUGCGCAGCGAUAGCUUAGCGCUGGAGCGAGCGCCGCCGAAAUUGCGUGAGGAAUGUCUAACAGAGGAUAUUGUUGAGUUGCGUCAGGCGCAUGGCGUGCUUACGCCACAUUUUGCCUCCGCUGCCGCAGCGGCCGCCUCAGCUGCAAAUAAUGCUGCACCAGCAAAAACAACAACAGCACCAACACCGCCACCAACAAUCGAUAAUAUUGAUACGCCCACUGAUGCUGCUGGCCAAUUGAAGGCAAUUAAUGUGCAAACACCUACGCUCGGCAUCAGUCGUCAAGUGGAUACAGAGCGGCCGACGCUAACGACUUUCCGCAACACAAUGCCAACGGCGCAACACAGUCAAAAUGCGAGUGCAACAAAAAAAUAUGUGGCGCCACUGCGUGAUAUUGAUAUUGUGAAUGGUCGCUUUAGCAACAGAGAUGAGCCGGCGUCACCACCAACUCCAACAUCUCCCACAACACCAACGAAUAAUGAACCCGAAUUGCGUCAACAAGCGCAAAAUCUACUCUAUUCCUCAUCGUUUGCCAUUAAGCGACCCUCACUCUAUGGCAGCGGUCGCUCCUCACUGGGCAGUUCCCAGUCACUCUACGACAUUUACGAGGGUACAACACGUUUAACGUACAACAACAACAACGCGCAUGCAGCGCCACUGCCACCACCGCCGCCGCGUGCCAUCAGUUUGGUGGGCAAGCAGGCGGCGUCUGCGCUGCUCGACAGCAUUGAACCGUCCUUGCGUGCCUCGAUCAAGUUGAACAGUGUGCAGGAGCUGCAUAGCCUGGGUGCUGAUGAUGAUGAGAACGAGGUGAAAUACACGUUACCGCGUAUUGGCACAAUCGAUAGGAAAUCGAAGAAAACUAAAGCACCCAGUCCGUUGGAAGAGGAUUCAAUGGCUUAGUGGAGAAGAAGAAGCAGAAAAUAAGAAGUAUUCGCGAAGACACUUGCAAUUAAUUAACAAAUAAGAAGAAGCGAAAUAUGCAAAUGAAAUUCAUAACUGUAAAUCUUAAGGCCAUUUAAUGUUGAGCAAACGUUGUAAAGAAAAAAACGUGAUUUCUAAUUACGCAAAGGGUUUACAAGUGUACUAUACAUAUAUCACUCCAACUACAACUACAACUACUUACAUCGUAUAUAUCGUGCAUAUACAUACAUACAUACAUAUAUUCAUGCUUUAAAUAAUAGCUUUAUCAAAAAAGAAAAAAAAAGAAAAAACAUCGUUGAUCCUACAUAUGUGUUGGCACUAACUUAUUAUUCGUAUUGUUUCGUUUUGUUCAUCGUAUUUUUGUUUUGUUUCCACUCCUUUUCAUCGAACCAUCCUACGGCACUCACAUACAUACAUACAUAGCUGAAAGUAUGUAUGUUGGCCACUAACCGUUUUAACUGUGUAUAAAUGUGUGUGUUGUUGUGAUUGAAAAGACACUACACUAUGCAACAAAGAAGAAAUAAAAUUUAUUCAAAAAUAUUUUUUUUUUGUUACAUAGUGUUAAUUGUCUUAUGAGAAUGGUUGCCAUAAUGUUUUUUGCUGUUGAAUUAAAUGCCAAAACUUCUUUUUGCGUAAAGCAAAACACAAAAAAAAACAUUCCAAAAAAUAUGUUUUUGUAUAAAAAUAUAGCUAAAAUGAGAACUAUUCGGGACACGCCUGCAUAAUGAUUUAUAAAAAUAUAAAAUAUACAUAAAUGCAUUUCUUUAUUCAAAAAUAUGUUUAUUGUAUAAAAAUUUGAAAUACUACGAGUUUAAGUAAGCACUGAUAGCUUACAACGUUUAAAAGUAUGCUGAAAAUGUUGAACUUUCGAAAAAUAUAAAAUUUAGCAGCAUAAAUUUUUGAAAAUAUUUAUUGUCAGCACAAUCCUGUAGUCAAUCUUUAAAAUACCGACACUAGACUAUGAAUUGCGCCUAAAAGCUGCUACAUAAAAUUUUCUAAAUAUUUGUAAUAAAGCCUAAGAGUUGUUUCAUUUAAUUUGAAAAGCUUUUUUGAACACAUUUCCAUCACCACGAGUGCUUCAUAGUUGCCAUAUUUGCAUAAUUACAGUGCCGCAUACAUUUGAGCACAUUCAUAAAAUGUGGUUAUUUGUAUGUAGCGCCUGAAAGAUGCCAUAUUUCUUUGAAAGAGUUAUUCAUAAGCAGCAGUAAGCGGAAUAAUUUAUUUUGUUGUUGUCCAAUUUAGGUUAAUCUAUUUUUCGUAGAAAGCGAUUUUUGAAAAUAGUCUUGCCUACAUUAAGGCGUACUAAAUAUUUUUUCAGUUAAUGAAAUAUCAGUUGAAAAAAAAUAUAUUACAUUGUUCAGUACAAAUAGUAAUAAAAUAACAAUAAAAUAAAUUGUUGUAAAAAAUACAAAAAAAAAAUAUUUUGAGAAAAGUUACAAAAAUAAUUUAAAAAAAUAAUGAAAAAAAUAAAAAUUAUUUCAUAUUAAAAAAAUAAUAAUAAUCAAUAAUAUGCAGGAGCAAAUCUGUUGUAAUAAUUCACACAAGUUUACUGCUAUUUUUUCCUUUUUUUUUGACAAAAAAUAAGGUUGAUUAUAAAAUAUUGUAUACUUUUAGGCGCUAAAUCAGUUUUUUUUUUAUAUUUUAAUGAGGGGAAAUUAAAUUAAAUUAAAUUUAAAUCUUCCGCCUCUAAUAUUUCAUUAUAUUGAGAGAAAUACAAUUUUUGUAGCAUACCUUUAGGCGCUUAUACUUUAUUCUAUAUUUCAAAUAGUUUGUGCAGUCGUUGAAUCAUUGGAACUUGUGAGAAAUCGAUGCAUUUUACAUAACUCAAUUCCAAUAGUCUCUUAAAGCUUUUCAAAAUUCUUAGUUAAUUUUUUUUUUCAAAACAAAUAAUUUUCUAAAAAAGUUGGAACUUUAAAAAAAUUUAGAAAAUAAAAUUUUUAAAAAAUAAUUUUUGGUAUUAAAAAAACAGAAUCUGUUUCUAAAAUUUUCUGAAUUUUCAUUUUUCUAAACAAAGUUUUUAUCAACAAAAAAAUUCCAAAAAAAAAUAUUUUUCAACAAAAAAAUUCCAAACACUUUUUUUUUCAACAAAAAAUUCCAAAAACUUUUUUUUUCAACAAAAAAUUCCAAAAAAAAAAUUUUUUUCAAGAAAAAUUAUUAUUUUUACCAUAAUUUUUUUUUCCUAAAAAGAAAAAAUAAUAAAUUUUUCAACAAAAAAUUUCGAAAAAAAAAUUUUUUCAACAACGAAUUUCCAAAAAAAAAUUUUUCAAUAAAAAUUUUCCAAAAAAUAAUUUUUUUAACAAAAAUUUUCCAAUUUAAUUUUUCAAAAAUUAGUAUUUUUUCCAUAAUUUUUUUUUUCCUAUAAAUUAUUUUUUUUCAACAACGAAUUUCCAAAAAAAAAAAUUGUUUCAAUAAAAAUUUUCCAAAAAAAAAUUUAUUUAACAAAAAUUUUCCAAAUUAAUUUUUUUUUUCAAAAUCAGUAUUUUUUCCAAAAUUUUUUUUUCCUAUAAAUAAUUUUUUUUUCUAAAAACAUUUUUGUUUUCAUAUAAAGUGAUGUAUGUAUGUUAUUCAUUUCGUUGCCAUAAAAAUCUUGCCAAAGUUUUGCUGCAGCUGCAAAUAAGCGCUGCUUUUAAUAAAAACUAAUUAAAUAUAUAUACACUUUAAUUAGUAUUAGUGUAGCAUUUACAAAUGAAAUUUUCGAUGCACUUAUAUUUGAAAAGAAAAAAAAUUAAAAUAAAAAUACACACGCGUGAGUUAUUAAUAUUAAAAAUAUAUAUUUUUUCAUACUAACAAAAAAUAAUUACACGCAUCGCAUAAAUGCCAGCAAGCAAGCAAAUGAGUAAUGCCAAAUAUUUUACAAGUUAUUAGCACCAAUAUAAAAAAAUUAAUUGCAAGCAAUAUCAAAAAAAUCAAAAAAAAUUAAUUUUAGGGAGGUUUGAAUGUGGCACUGCGUACAUGCAUGGAGAGGGUAGGUGUUUGUUGACAAAAAAUGUGCGCUUAUUUUACUAAUAUAUAUAUAUAUAAUUAUUUUUUAUAAUUAAAAAAAAUCGAAAACAAAAAUCCAGUGAAAAAAUACAAUUAACAAAAAAAAAACAAAAAGUGGCUUAGCUUUAUGUCUUAACAUUUCACUUCGCUUAAUAUAAUUUAACAAUAUAUCAUUUAUAUAUAAUAUACUCGUUUAUACAUAUGUAGUAAGGCAUACAUGCAUUAUGUAAAUAGCAAGACUACAUAAUUUAUAAAAUAAUUUAUAAUUUUUUUGUAAUUUUUUUUCUCUCUUCUUCCGUACCCACUCAUCUUCCACUAUCACUACUUUCCCCCAAACUAUCGUUUCAACUAAACCGCAAUGUACUACAUAACCUCGCUAUUUUAAAAUCCCGUAAUAAUCAUUUUCGUAUAUCUGUUGUUGUUGUUGCUGUUGUACCAUUUGUUGUGUCACGUUUAUGUUCUUUAUAUCCAUUUGAUUUGAAUUUCAUUUAAAUUAGCGGCUGGAGGAGACAUUCGCACAGCAAUUGGACGAAAUGGAAUCGUUGUAUGGCGGCGCAUUGGUCGUGUCCAUGCCGUCAGACACCUUGCAGCGUGAUCACUUUACCGGUUCCACGCGCAGUAGUCUGUCGUCCUACUCGGAGGGUUGAGCGCGGCACACACACACACACACACACACUGUUGACUAAGAAAUAUUAUUAAAAAGAGAGGAGUAAAUAAAAAAAUAUACAUACAUACAUUAUAUAUAUAUACAUAAACAUAUUUAACGCAGUAAAUAAAUAUGAAUAUAAACGCGUAUGAAAUUUACAAAAAAAAAAAAUUAUAGUAAUUUGAAUCCAAAAAAUACCGAAAAAAAAACAAUAAAUUACGAAAUAUAAGUGAAAUUACAUAAAAAAGAAAAUAUAAAAAUUAAAUAAAAAAUUAAUUUAAAAAUAAAAAAUUAAAUUAAAAAUAUAAAAAAAAAAAUUAAAAAUGAAAAAAAUUAAAUUAAAAAUAAAACAAUUUAAAUUAAAAAAAAAAUAAAAUUAAAUUAAAAAUAAAAAGAAUUAAAUUUAAAAAUAAAACAAUUAAAUUAAAAAUAAAACAAUUAAAUAUAAAAAUAAAAAAUUAUAUUAAAUCGAGCAAUUAAAAAAAAAUGUUAAGCGUAUGAAACCGUAGUAGAAAAGCAUGCAAAGUUUAAACAGUUAGUCUGUCGAACAGAAUGGCUAAGUAAUUUUAAAUAUACACAUACAUAUAUACAUAUAUAAAAGCAUAAUUUUUUAGUUUAAUAUUAUCUGCUUAUGUAUCCUAGUUCUACUUAAUUAUUACUAUUAUUAAAAUUAUUAUUAUUAUUAUAUUAUUAUUACAUUAUUAUUAUAUUGUGUGCGCCUAGCCAGUUUCACGUUGUCUACUGCGCGCUUAAAUAUAUUAUUACACACAUACAUGCCUACUAUCUACCUACCUAGCUACCCAACCUCCCCUUAUUAUACCACUAUUAUUAUUAUACAACUUUACUUCCAUUAAUAAUGUAAAUAUAUAUAAGCCUUCAAAAAUAAAUGAUCCAAUAUUGUAAUAGAUCGUUAGAAA